AUGAGAUCUGAGAAGGGAUUUCGAAUUCAGAGUCGAAGCCAGUCGAGGAAGGUGAAGUCACUAUUCUUCUCAGUUCUUAGAGAUGGUGAGCAGCAUCAUCAUAGCAUGGCAAGCACCAAUCGGGACAUGAUAAAAGAUAUCAAUAAUAGUAAAGAGACCUGGACAAUUGUUGCUCGAGUUCUUAGGAAGUGGGUUUCCUAUAAGAAGGCUCCACCGUAUGCUCCUUGGAGGAUUGGAAUGCUCCUUGUAGAUGAGCAGGGUUCAAGAAUAAAAGGUUUUGCAACACAAAAGGGCUUGAUUGAGCGAUACAAGAAUGAUCUUAAAGAGGGUAGAGUAUACCACUGCGAAAACUUUCAGAUAGUUGGCAAUGAUAACAAGUACAAAGUGACAUCACAUUCUUGGAGGCUUAAGUUCCACAACACAACAUACUUUGAAGAAUUGGAUUUGCCUAUUCCCAAAGAGUCUUUCAACUUCAUCCCUAUCAAGGAUAUUGCGGAAUACACUGCAAAGAAUGAAGGAUUUAUUGAUGUCAUCGGCUUCCUCCAGGCAUUUGGGGAUUUGAAAGACUUCAAAAACACAUUUGGAACUUCGAAAACAAUCACCCUGACUCUUUCUAAUCAAUAUGAGAGCGCAAUAAAGGUGGUAUUGUUUGGUAACUGCGCGGUAAAUACAUAUAAUAGCAAGCCUCAAGGAUCAAAGCAUCCUAUUAUUGUGAUGGUCAGAUUUGGAAGGUUAAACAACCAACAAGCGUAUGGGCAUAUUAGCAACGUGUUUGAAGCAACUAAAGUUUUGUUCAACCCUAACAUUCCAGAGGCCCAUGACCUACUUCAAAGCCUUGACGAAAUACCUGAAGGUAGGCAGCACUUCUCUCAACUUUCCAGUGCAGAUUACCAAGUUGUAGACAAUGAGUCAAUGCUAACAUUUCCAAUAAGAAUACAUGUGGCUGAACUCUCCACAAUUACUGAGCCGUGUGAAGUUGUAACUAAGGUUUGCAUCCAAAAGAUUGAGAUUGCUUACGGCUGGACCUAUGAUGGGUGCUCAUGCGAUCGCAAACCUGUAUAUGAAAAUGACAAACUAAAAUGCAAAAGCUAUACGAAUGAUGUGUUGACUAUUGAGCCCAAAUUUAAGCUCCAUUACACGGUGUUUGAUUCAACGGGCAUAUGUUCAAUCAUAUUUUUCAAUCGUCUUGCUUGUGAUUUGAUUGGCUUCUCAGCUGAGCAGUUGAAGACAAAGGUAGCAAAGGACAAAAACCCAGGUUCUUUUCCGAAAGAAUUGAGCAAUUGUAUGGGGAAAGAAAUGAUUGUCAAGCUAAAGAUCAAAGAAAGCAAUAUUAGGUAUCGAAAUAGCAGUAUGGGUGUUAUCCAGUUCUCUACUGAUAAAAAGAUGCUGGAAAACUUUACGUACUCUGCUAUCAAGGGAAGUCAACCUAAUGAGUCUGAGAAUAUCACUCAUGAGAAGGCUACAGUUGACACUUCAUCAUCACAACCAACAACAUUGUUGUCAUGUGGCAUGCUGGACGUGGAUAAUGAUCUCUUAAGAUCUCAAUUGCAUGGCUCUCUGAACACAUUGUCUAAGCGUAAAAAAAAUCCGCUUGAUUCAUCAAUUGAUGAUGACGAGACGAGAUUGUCUGCCAACACAACUACAAAGUCCAGCUACGUGAAGCCAUUGAAAAACAUCAAAAAGGAGAAGGAAGAUAAAGACUGA